AUGGCUCAACCAAAACUUGCAGGUUUCCACAUUCUUCAUCUUCUUGUUUUGGUCAUCAAUGUGUUUGUUCCCAAGGCAUUCUCCCAUUGCAAUGGUGAGGAGGGUGAGUACAUCUCAGCCGUUGGGGAUCCCGGGAUGGCAAGGGAUGGGCUGAGAUUAGCCAUUGAAGGAUGGAACCAAUGCAAUGAGGUUGGAGAAGAGGCUCCUAACAUGGGCAGCCCCAGAGCUGCAGAUUGCUUUGAUGUCUACAACACUCCUCCUCAGCAACAAGUCCCUUAUUAUGAGUUAGUCCACAGAGUCACAGAGGAGGAUAACAAGCUUGGAAUCGGGCAAUCGUUUCUUGGAGUGGAAUCAAAAGCAGUGUUUAAUGCAGACCUUUAUGCUGCACAGAAAGAGCUCUACUUAGGCUCAAAAUGUCAGGUUCACGACACCCCGAAACCAUGGCAAUUCUGGAUGAUCAUGCUCAAGAAUGGCAACAUGGAUACUUAUGCAGGAAAGUGCCCAGAAAAUGGCCAAAAAGUAGGGCCAUUUGGGGCUGGUAACCAGUUCCCUUGCUUUGGGAAAGGGUGCAUGAACCAGCCUUUGAUUUAUCACAAUUACACAGCUUUACAAGGGCCUAAUAGGACUACACUCAAAGGAAGCUUUUAUGGGUCAUGGGAUUUGGAGUCUGGGUUGAGCAAUAAUGGGUCUUUCUAUUCUGUGAAGUGGGAGAAGGAGCUUGGAAAAGGAAGCUGGGUUUUCCACCAUGUUUUGAGGACCUCAAGAAAAUACCCAUGGCUGAUGCUUUAUCUAAGAUCAGAUGCCACAAGAGGGUUUUCUGGUGGUUACCAUUAUCCAACUAGGGGCAUGUUAAAAAUUAUACCGAGAUCGCCACACUUCAGAGUGAGAUUCACCCUGAAUGUGAUCAAGGGAGGAGGUCCAAACAGCCAAUUCUACUUGCUAGACAUGGGGAGCUGCUGGAAGAACAAUGGGAGGCCAUGUGAUGGGAAUGUAACAUCAGACGUGACGCGAUACAGUGAAAUGAUACUGAACCCAGAAACACCAUCCUGGUGCAAUCCUGGUGACCCAAAGCUAUGCCCUCCAUACCACACAUUCCCUAAUGGAACCAAGGUGCACCGGAACGACACAGCUAACUAUCCCUAUCAGGCCUAUCAUGUGUACUGUGCACCGGGGAAUGGGGAGCAUGUUGAGAGCCCCUAUGUUCCUUGUGAUCCCUACAGUAAUCCUCAACCACAGGAGAUUAUGCAGAUUUUGCCCCAUCCAGUUUGGGGUGAUUAUGGUUACCCUACCAAGCAAGGGGAGGGGUGGAUUGGUGACCCAAGAACAUGGGAUCUUGAUGUUGGGAGGCUGUCAAAAUCCCUCCACUUUUACCAGGAUCCAGGGAGUGUACCAGCUAGGAGGAAAUGGACAUCAAUUGACCUGGGAACUGAAAUAUAUAAAGACCCUGACCAAGAGGCAGAAUGGACUGUUACUGAUUUUAAUGUUCUUAUUCCCAAGAAAACCCAAAAGCAAUAA